AUUGUAUUUGUCUAGUUUUCCUUUAUGAAUUGUAUCGACUCAAGGCUUAUAUCUUCCGCUUUUUCGUUGUUGCACAUCAGGGAACACUCGAGUUGCGCGGAGCUGCCUCAGAUCGCUAAGCAUACUACUCUCCAAGAGCAGGCCAAGCGGUUCGUUCCCUCUCAGCAGGAGGAGCUCCGUUAACAUGGCUGAACCCGAGCCGUCCUACAUCGACUACGAGGCCUUCCUGGACCCGUCGUUCUCCCCAACGUCCUUCGCGAAUAACCUUGUCACUAGCACCAACAAUCCCUCUGACACACCGCUUGAUCUCUCUACCCCUCUAUCGCGAGUCCUCUUCGACAUCCAAGAGAUUGAUACCCAUAUCCACAACUCGACCACUAAGUCUGCUCUACCGCUACUCACACAUACUCGCGAUCAGAACGAUGCCGGACAGCGAGUCUUGCAGGCAGUCGAGGCGCAAGUCGCUGUCUUAAAGGAGGGGUAUGAAAGACUGGAGAGAGAUGUUCUCAGAAAGUGGGAAGCGGCUGAAGAGGUCAGAGGUGCCGCUGAGAGGUCUUGGGCGACCGUGAGACUGGCCAGGGCCGUUGGGAGAUGUCUUAUGCUGGGCAGGCAACUUGAAGGCCAGCUCGUGGAGCUCACCCCGCGAUUCGUAGAUAACAAAGGUGACGAGUCCGCACCCCUUAUGAGGGAAGAUCACAGGGCGCUUGUUAGAGCAUCCCAUACCUUGUUGAUGUUGCGACGGAUGUUCAUGACAACGGCAGACGGGGAAGAAGGUUACGGAUUGGACCGAGUCAGGGUCAUUCGAACACUGAGAAGCGAUUUGAUCACUCCGGCCGAGAACAGCGUCAAGGCCAGAGCGCAGCAGAUCGUCAAUAAAUUCUCGUUGAAGGCUGUCUUUAUGGAUGAAGAACAUCCCGCAGUUUCUCCGGGUCCCCGAGCUCGGAGUUCCGGAGCAACGACGUACGCACAGCAAGAGGAGCUAAGAGCGCGAGUUAUCUCCGCUAUAACUGCUCUGUACCUGUUGUCUCCAACGCCAAAGAGUAACAUCCCGGUUACCAGUUUCUCCCCAGAGCUUCUCUUGGCGACUCUAAAGGGCUACAUUCACACAUCGUUGUCCGCAUCACUAGCUGCUUUGACGCGGGGUUUAUCCAUGCUUCCGUCACUUGAUCGUGCCCUCCUCGAGGUGUCUACGCGGUGCCAACAUAUUGUAGCCCUCGAGGGUCUCUUGCAGACUGUGAAACCUCCAGUCCACCCAUUCCUAAUCUACCCAUCUAGUGAACAGGACGGAACAGAAACGCAGGCAGCGUUAGACAAGAAAAAAUCUAAUCUCCUUCGGCCUGUUCUCCAAGCUCUGGACACAUCAUCCCUUCCAUCUUACUUCUGGCGCUCGCUGGCUUCAUCUCUGUCGCCUGCCGUCCAAGAGAUUGUGUCUCGUGGUGGCGUCUCUGCUCGUACAAUGAGGUCGAACCAAGACCGGCUCCGUGAAGAUAUCCGUGCAUGCGUUCUGCGAGGCUCCCUGUCAUCAAGUCCCGGAUUGAAGAGGGAAAGUAUGAUGUCGAUGGCGCCCAAAGUUGUUGGAAAUUGGGAGCGUGAGGCUGCUGUAAUGGUCAGCUCUGUGAUCGGCGCCCUUGGGAGAUGAGAUGGCAGUUGGCAAUGUUUGAAUGGAAUUGCUUUUUAUCCCUGUCUUGGUGUGUGGAGCCCCUUUUGCUUUGGCGUACCUUGUUGGUGUAGGUUCCGUGCUGUCCUUAAUCAUCAGUGUUUGACCGGCCGGGUUGAUGAUUGGGCAGCUGUAUGUAUUUUCUGGAGUAUUUGUGGAGGUGGAGCUUCUUGUCGUAUCUCAGAUGAAAUAUCUACAACGCAUGUACGUACCAUGGCCUCAAGUGAAUGUAUUGAAACCUUGAGGCAUGCAUGAUUCAGA